GAAAAAGAAAAAUUCUCUCGGUGCGUUUCAGAAGAGUAACGCAGCUUCUAGCAGACUCCUUUGUGGCCGCAACGCAGCCUCAUCUCGCAGCGUCUCUCCGCCGUCCCCGCCGGCUUUUGGCCUACCGAAUCGCCAUCCGCCGUUGCUUGGAUUUUCAAUUAGCAGAUCGAUUAUCGACCAGGGCUUCUAUGCUGUCUCGAUUGUAGGUUGUCUGUCUCCAAUUAUCAAGUCAAGGGUUACUCGACUUGGAGACCGAGGAGUCGAGAAUCAAGUCACCCCUUUGAAGAAUUGAAGAGGAUGAUGUAAUCUGCUACAACUCCCUUUCAAGCGGAUACUGCAAGAAAAUUGUGUCAUGGCUAUGCAUUGUAGUUUCUGUUUUGAAUCAAAGACUCGGGUUCCUGGACUAUAUCUUAAUUUUAUCACCUGCCAUUUAAUUUUUCACUUGACUCGAGUACAUCCUGUUGAAAACUUGAGAUUUUGAAUAUUCUAUCAUUUUAGGAGUUGACUCUGCAUGCUUCAACCGAAGAUGGUGGAGAUAAUGGAAUCCAAUGGCGAUAAAAGAGAUGAAAAGGAAAUUGUGGAAGAACAAGGCUCUGUCAUCUCACCAACUGUCAAGGAUCAAAACACUCUUUACAUUCAGCCAUCUCAGCAUGAAAAUGUAUUUCAGGAUACUAAGAAAUGUUCAUUCCUGGAUAUCAUUAGAAAUAUUCCUCAUGGCAACAAGUUUAGGAAACUUGGUCCUUCCCCUUCAGCCAAGUUUCGUCAAUUUGCAUAUGAACGAGAUGAGUUCUCUCGUUCAGUGAUCUCUGAGCAGAGUCCUACACAACAGUCCCGUGUGUUCUUGGUCAGAAGAAUUGAUUGGGCAUCCUUAUGGUCAAUGUGCAAAGAAUGGUUUAGAGAUCCCAUGAAUAUCGCACUUUUCAUCUGGAUUUCUAUUGUCGCAAUAUCUGGUGCUAUCCUAUUCAUGGUUAUGACAGGAAUGCUAAAUUCCGCUUUACCAAAUAAGUCUCAAAGAGACGCCUGGUUCGAAGUUAACAAUCAGAUCUUGAAUGCAUUAUUCACUCUAAUGUGCCUCUAUCAGCACCCGAAGAGAUUCUACCAUCUUGUGCUUCUGUGUCGAUGGGGACCAAAUGACAUUCUGGUGCUCAGAAAAAUUUACUGCAAAAACGGCAUGUACAAACCUAAUGAAUGGAUGCAUAUGAUGGUUGUGGUUUCUCUUCUCCAUCUGAAUUGUUUCGCACAGUAUGCUCUGUGUGGUCUCAACUUGGGUUAUCCCAGAUCCAAGCGACCUGCAAUUGGAGUUGCAUUGUGCAUCUCGGUAUCCAUUGCUGCUCCAGCUUUUGCUAGCGUGUACAAUAUUCUCAGUCCCCUCGGGAGGGAUUAUACAAGUGAAACUGAUCCAGAAGCACCAGCCAAGAUUGUUUCAACCGCUGAGGGGUUGACUCCACGGGUAAAAUCCCUUGAAAAAAAGUUCUCUUUUGUUGUAAAAGAAGACCAAAAUUUGGCACAGAGUAAACCAGAAUGGGUAGGUGGUCUAUUUGAUCUCUGGGACGACAUUUCCCUCGCAUAUCUUUCAAUCUUCUGCAGCUGUUGCAUAUUUGGGUGGAAUAUGGAGAGGCUUGGAUUCGGCAACAUGUAUGUUCAUAUUAUGACUUUUCUUCUCUUUUGCCUGGCUCCUUUCUUCAUCUUCAACCUGGCAGCUGUCAAUAUCAACAACGAGGCGGUCAGAGAGGCACUGGGGGUUUCAGGCAUUCUGCUGUGCUUUUUCGGUCUGCUCUACGGUGGCUUUUGGAGGAUUCAGAUGAGGAAGAAAUACAAUCUUCCUUCAAGCACAUUUUGCUGCGGGCACGCCUCAUCGACCGACUGCUUUCAGUGGCUUUUCUGUUGCUCGUGCUCUCUCGCGCAGGAGGUGAGGACAGCAGAUUACUAUGAGAUCGUGGAGGACAAGCUACGUGACAAACAGAACGACGAUGGCCAGCUCGAAGAUGGCACACCUCUGUUUAGAUCCACUCCGGGUUCUCCUUUCCAAGGCCGGUCCAGUCCGUCGAUCUUUCGGAUGGAAUAUAGGACGACUCCUGUAAGUUAUUCUGCGGGACAGACUCCAGAGAUGCAUUCGCCUGUUGCUGCACAAGGAUUUCCAUCAGUUACACGAAAAGAAGGCAAUAUGUCACCGGCUAUUUCUACUGCAGAGUAAAUUGUGUUCUCUUUCACUCCUUUUCUUUCAGCAUUUUGAGUUUGUGAUUGUUUGUAAAUUUGGCUUUGCCCACAGACUGAACGAGUUAUUGUAGUGUAUCUGAAAUAUUCCCAUUCCAUGAUCAAA